AUGAAAGUGGCCAUGGACAAAGACUUGGGCAAGCAAGUAUUUGCCUACUUUCUCAAUGCCUUUCCCAACUCCGCCCAAAAUAUAUUUGGCUCAUUUUUCUCCGCCUAUUCGGAAAAGGUGGCCAAGGUAUGGGUGGCGCAACCAAGAAAUGGCCCAACUUAUUUUUCAGACUUCACAUGGGCAACCAUUUGGGAGAGCUCCAAGCCAUUCAAAGGUUGGCCGACGAGAACCCCUCUCAAAACGGACCCCGCCGCAACUAAAGAGGCCCCAUCAAAGAAAGCAUCAUCCGUCGCCGGGAAGUCCAACCACUCAAGCUCGGCAGAUGGCAAGUUUGAUUGGUGUAAUUGGUUCAAGGCAUUGGAACCAAAAUUGAAGGGCCUUUGGUAG